AUGUCUACAGUCUCUGCAGAACUCGUGUACUUUACCCCGCCCUCUGACGGAUCCCGCCCAUUCACCACUAUAAAUGCUGAUCCGAAAACAGGCCAGCGUGCACGUAAUUGGGAGGAAGAGGUUCAUACCGUCGAGAUUGAGAACGUCAGGGGCAAAGAAAGUGAUUACACCUUGGACACUGCUGGCUUUCAAUACGUCAUGAAACCCUCCAAACAUAUUGCAUUCAUCAAUGACGAAGGGAUUAGAGGAGAAUACUAUCCAGAGAGCAUUGAACUUCUCAAGGACAUUACGGGCGCGAGCAAAGUCGUCCUUUUUGACCACACGGUCAGACGCCACCGCCCUGGAGAUAAGGAGACGGACGAAACCAAGCGCCAGCCUGUUAAUCAGGUUCAUGUAGACCAAACUCCUGAGUCGGCUACUGCUCGUGUGCAUCGUCAUCUACCUGUCGGCGAAGCGGAGAAGCUUGUCAAAAAGCGUUUCCAGAUCAUCAACCUUUGGCGACCCAUUUCUCAUCCCGCACUUGACCGACCAUUGGCGCUGUGCGAUUAUAGGACUGUCGACGUAAAGAAAGAUCUCGUUCCUCUCGCAUUGGUUUAUCCGGAUCAUGAGGGCGAGACUUUCGGGGUCAAAUUCAACCCGACCCAUAGAUGGAAGUACGCAAGAGGGAUGAAACAGGACGAGGUAGUCUUGAUCAAAUGUUACGAUUCGGCUAAGGAUGACAACAUAGCUAGAUUCACUCCACAUACUGGGUUCAAGGAUCCCUCGGCACCUACAGGGGGCGCCGCUCAGGGAGUCUAUUGA